AUGAUUGACACCAACCACCAAAAAGGAAAUUAUUAUAUUAUUACUGACCAUCUGCGAACUGCCAUUUUUGCCCUGGCUGAUGGAGCAGCAUUUGAACCGAAAGGACGUGGCUAUAUUCUCAAAAAGUUAGUAAAAAAGGCUACUUUAUUGGGACAUUUGCUUAAUUUAAAUAAUGAGCAUUUACAAAAAAUUAGCAAGGAGUACAAGGCAGAAAAAGACAGAUUAAAAAAAGAAGAAAAUGACAUUUAUCGAGCAAGAUUAGAUGAGAUUGAAAAGGAAAUUGUUAAAAUCGAAGAAGAAAAAGAUUAUGUUAUAAAAGAUUACAGUGAUUUGCAAGCUGCGGCGGGUACUGUUGGUUCUUUAAGAACUAGCCCUACUACUACUCCUACUGGCUCCGCUCAGAACAUUUAUCCAAUUAAGGAAACUAAAAAAGUUAAUUUAAGUGAUAAUUUAAUUGAGAUUACAAUAAAUGCCGAUUUUAAUGCUAAAAUUGAUAAAGCAACUUCUCAAUUCACGCCAGCUGAAAUAACUGAUUUAAAAACUACUUUCGCCACUUUACAAAAUGAUUAUUUUAAAGACAUGGUUGAAGAACCAUCAUCUAAUAAAGGUGAUGAUAGAAUUUUCUUUAUGUUUGGUCAUGAGUUAGAUUAUACUCGUGAUACAGAUGGCAAAGUGAAUCCAAAAAGUUAUCAGACCAAACUUUUUGCAAUGAAUGAUUUUUUUAAAUUUAUUGAGAAAGUCGGUCCAAUGCAUAAUCUAACUUUUAUUGAAAGUUUGGAUGAUAGUGGCAUAAAAAAGAAUUUUGAUUUUGGUAUUUUGCCUGCUGAUGGAGAACCGUAUACAAAUGCUGAUCUUACAAUGUUUGGUGGAUUAGAAAAAUUUUAUAUGCCCACCGAAGAUUUUACCCUAGUUGAAAGAAAAAAACUUAAUUCAUUAAAGGAUUGGUUUACAUUAUUUUGGGAUGCUUACACUGAGCCUGACAAUAGACUUAAAAGUAUUGCACCUUUUACUUAUGAAAGGACAAGACCGGAUGGAAAUGGCACAGAAGUGGUUUAUUGCAUUGAUGACAUUAAUGAAACUAUCAGAGAAAGGAAGACAAGAGAAAUUCAAUUAAAAAGCAUGUCACAGCUCAAAACAGAAGAAAUUGCUGAACAAAAUAAACUGAUAAUUGCACAUCAAAGAAAAAUAAAGGAUGAAAAUGACAAAAUGGAAGUUGAAUCUGGUAAAAUUAGAAAUCUAAUGGAAGCUGCGGCAGCUGAUAAAAAAACUGAAAUAGCAGCAGCUGCCAAACAAAUGUUAGUUGAUAUCAGGUAUUUAAAAAAUGAUAGUAAUGUUAACGGACCCUUAGAAAGAACUGAUUUAGCAUCAAGAAUAGCCAAAGUUAAAGGGGGUGUUGAUGGUAUUUCUUUGGAAAUAGUCCGUGAGGCUUAUGCUGGCAUGGGCGAUACUGCGGUAGUAGAAGCUAUUGAUAAAGAAAUUAAACCAAAAGGACAAGAUGAUGAUAAAACAAAAAUAACUGAGGAAGAACUAAAAGAAGCAUUCGGAAAUGUUACCGAUGUAGUAGACACUAAUGCGAUUGAAUUAGUUUCAGAUAGUAGUAAAAAAACAGAUUUCAUUAAAUAUUUGAAAGACACUGGAGUAAAAGGUGGUAGUAAAAUUGAUGAAAAAGCACCUGAAAAAGUAAUAAAAACUAUUUAUGCUUACUGGAUAAAGGAUGCAGACAACAAGACUAAAGCAAAAACAGAUAUGAAAAAUCAAAAAACGGGUACUGGCGACGAUGAACAAAGACUAGAUAUGACUAAGUAUGGUGCUACUGAAAAGAGCGGGGAGCCUAAUGAUGAAG